CUGGGAGUGACGGGCCAGUAGGGAGGAGAGGGAACCAGUCUCACCAGUGCGGCUCCGGCUGGGGGAGGGGAGGAAGUUUCGGAGAGGCGCCCGGAGUUUCACUGGGGAUUCCCUGCACUCACACCGGUACCGGGGGGCGGGGGAGAGUCAGUACCGGGGGGAGCGGAGAGUCGGUACCGACAGGCGGAGAGAGAGAAGCCGGAGCCUCCGGGAGGGAGCCCACCUGCCCGGUACCAUGUUCCUGCGGGCACUGCUGCUCUGUGCCGGGGUACUGUCCGGGGCCCGGGCGCUGCUGGUGACGGUUCAGGACACACAGAGGUACACGAUGCUCUUCUCCACCAUUAUCCUCAAGUGCGACUACAGCACCUCGGCGCAGAUCCAGGACGUGGCCGUCACGUGGAAGUACAAGUCCUUCUGCAAGGACCCCAUCUUUGAUUACUUCUCCGCAGCCUAUCAGGCGUCGCUGAGCCUCAAUCAGGACCCCACUAACGACUGCAACGACAACCAGCGGGAGGUGCGCAUCGUCAUCCAGAAGCGGGGGCAGAACGAGCCGGUGCUGGGGGUGGAUUACCGGCAGCGCAAAAUCACCAUUCAGAAUAAGGCCGACCUGGUGAUCAGCGAGGUCAUGUGGUGGGACCACGGGGUCUAUUUCUGCACAGUUGAAGCUUCGGGGGACACAUCGGGGGACCCCGAUAAAGAGGUCAAACUGAUUGUGCUGCAUUGGCUGACGGUUCUCUUCAUCGUCCUGGGUGGCUUGCUCCUCUUCCUCCUGAUUGGCAUUUGCUGGUGCCAGUGCUGCCCACACUGCUGCUGCUGCUACGUCCGGUGCCCGUGCUGCCCAACCAAAUGCUGCUGCCCAGAAAAAGCUAUCGCCCGGCACAGAUACAUGAAGCAAGUAGAAAGCAUGGCCCCUUGGAUGAUGGAUAAGCCAUACUAUGCGGGAGCCGAUCGAAACUCCCAGCAUUCUUCUUACCAACUAAAUCCUUUACUGCAGCGAGACCUCUCCAUGCAGGGCAGCCUCCCACUCCCCGCGCAGCCGAGCUUCCCGCCUUCCAACAACAAAGUCCUGGAUUUCCUGGAGACGGAGAUAAAGAAUCUGAACCCGGCGCAGCCCCUGACGUCCGCUCCUCACUACAGCGGCGCCGCCCACCAGCCCAGCAUGUUGUCGUCCCUCAGCGAGGUCGGGAUACGGGAGGUGGAGCGCCGAGUCAUACAGCUUCCCCCAUUGGUGGAACAUAUUGUCAGCUCCCACCGCAGCAGCAACUCCUCCUCCCAGCAGCGCAGAAACAUGGGCUCCUGGGACCCCCUGGAUGGAGACAGAGACAGGAGGAGGAACAGACAGCCGGGCGAUUCCGAGAGCAGCUGGAGAGCGCAGGAGAGACCGCACAGCGACAGAUCCUCUGGACACCGGAGAGAUCCACAAAGCAACCGGCGCCCAAGAAGAGACGUCUCUCCGCCCCGUCGCUAUGACGAUAGUUACAGCGAUGAUUCGCCCGACAACGAUCCCCGAGGUCGAUAUAACCCACGUUCUGAGCGGUCGAGACCUACAGAGAGGAGAAGGUCUCCAGAAAGAGGAGAUCAAGGGAGAAGGGGAAGCCCCGACAGAUACUCGAGGUCCCAAAGGCACAGGAGGAGUUACUCCCCGCCCCACCGGCACGAUUCCUGGAGUUCGGAGGAUGAAGGGCACCAUAACCCGGGCAGGAGGGGGAGGCGCUCGUACGAGUGGCCCGAGGAUAAACCCCCCAGCUACAAGUCUCUCGAUAUCUGUACGGGAAAAGCUCCGACCCAACGGGCUGGGAGACAGUCUGACCGGGCAAGUUCCAGAAGUGGGCGGAGCAUGGUCAUAUAACCAGAAGAUCCGAUACAAAUCAACAAAUGGACCUUUGUGGUUUCCCAAAGCGCAAAUAUUUUCAACUUGAAAGCCGAAGAAAGCAAAUUGCUACUCUGAUUAACCAGCAAUACUGUCAGUGCCUUUGGGUUCUAUAUCUGUAUAUAUGGGCCAUAACCAGGUUUUAUACAAAGAAACGCACACCCGCUGCCUUACGCCAGACUUCACUGGGGAUUCUGGGACCCCUUUAGAUCAAACUUAAGGGGGGCCGUUGUCUUAUUUCAAUGAAGUUUUUGCAUCAGGAUCUUCCCUGUGAGUCGCGCUGCCAUUAAAUAUGUCACCUCAAUGCAAUACACUGAAUAAAAGCACAAAUAUUGUGUUAUAAGAAGAACCAACCCCACCCGCCAACACAGACUGCCUUCUGCCAUGCAAGCUCCUAUUUGGCAAUCAGUCCCAGGGAGUGGAGGUCACGUGACCAAACAUGGCAGCCCUCAAGCCCACUGGGCAAGCCUGCCUUAGUAAGACUGGUACCGGGGAGCGGGGCCAUUUUGGGGAGCAGCUCAAGAGAUUUUAUUUAACAUUGAAUAAUGAGAAGUAACCUGAAUAAAUCUGACAGUAGCCGUCGGGGAAUAGAUUCCUGGGAGUACAAGGAUAUCCUUCCCUAGGAACCUUAGCUGUGUACUCUGUAUAUAUAAUUAUAUAUUGAAUAAAGUGCCCCCUAUUGUAAAAUAUAAGGAUAUUGUCACCAAAGAGCCCCAUGACCAUCGACCGAGUGCUUUUAUACAGGUCAUGGAACUCCGAGGUGACUUCUGAUAUCCUUAUAUUUUACAACAGGGGGGGACUUGAUUUAUUAUAAUAUACAAGUUUCAGUGAGUCAUGUGACAGAAAUGGCAUAACUAAGCUCCGAUUAUAACUGAUGACAUCACUAAGCACCGUUUAUAAGGAUAUAAUUUACAGUUUGAUCUCAUAGGGAAAUGACCAAACUGUAUAUUAUAUAAGUAUAAAUCCUGUUCAACCAAAUAAUGACUUACAUAUAUAUAUAUAUAUAAUGUGGCAAGUAAUAAUGCAAGGGUGGGCUGAAGCGCUGGUCAGUUAAGGGGCCUUAUACAUUAAUCACAGUGCAGGCUGGGCUCUAUACCUGUGCCUGAGGGGCAAGGAGGGUCGCCACCCAGCCGGUAUUUAACCGGGUUAGCCAGCAAAUCGCCAGCUAGGGCCGCUGCUGUAUGUUACCCCUACCUAUAAACCCCUCUCUGACGUGGCAGAUCCCACCUUUUAUAAAGUGGCCAGCCUUAGCCCUGCCCACCCCCCAGCCCCAUCCAUUCCACUGCCUAGAAUGCCCAUUUCCCUGCCCCCAAAUGACAUCACCGCCCGCCCCCACCAUAAAGGCUGGUAUGAAUAGGAAAAAAUGGUGGCAACCCUAAGAGCAAGAGAGUGAUGUGCUUAAUGCCCCAAGCAGGGUAAAUACAGAGCUCCCUUGUGCCCCCCCCCCCCCCCCCCCCCUGUUUUUGCCUCCAGAACGACCUGAAGGGGCCAGGUGCAUUGUGGGCAAUAUACAUGGGACUUUGCACUUGCUUUAUCUGCCUUUUUCCUGGUGAUAAACAAACCCUUCUGUAUCCCUUGAGCUGAUAGGACGUUGCCUCCAUAACAAAGAAGGCUGUGUUGGAAAGUUGGCACUGCCCGGGGCAUCACGCUGGCACUGUGGGAGCUGCAGCGGGUAGAACCGGCGGUGCAGGUUUGUGGGAACCCAGAGAGCCGGAGGAUCCGCACACAGAGUUUAGGGCUGAAUAUCAGGAUUUGUACAAUUGUCUAAUAUACUGUAUAUAUAUAUAUAUAUAUAUAUUUUUUUUUUUUUUUACUGGAGGAAACAAUCAUUUGGGCUGCUGUGUGCUCUGUAUCUGUAUAAACUGGAUGUAAUUAUAGUUAUAAUAGAGUUAUAGACAUUGUUUACCUGUAAAUAAACCAGAGAUGUUUAUAGUG